AGCACUCGUAGCACUUUGUUGUAAGUAUCCGGUGUAAUGUUCUGCUGUUGACUGUAGUUCAAAUAAGUUUUACCAUUUAUUUUUACUAGUAUAUUUUAUCGUAUUGUUGUCUUAAUAAAAAAAGACCCACAACUGCUGAACUUGAGGCAUUACUUCCACACCAUCUCAGUGUGCACACCAUGGCUGGCUUCAGGCAAGAAGAUAUUGAGCUGUACUACGAAAUGGGCGAGGAGUUGGGCAGCGGACAGUUUGCUAUUGUUCGUAAGUGCAAGGAGAAGCGUACAGGUGCAGAGUAUGCGGCCAAGUUCAUCAAGAAGCGCCGUCUGUCUUCCAGUCGGCGAGGCGUGAGUCGCGAAGAAAUUGAGCGAGAGGUCAACAUCUUGAGGGAGAUCCAGCACAGCAACAUCAUCACCUUACACGACAUCUUUGAAAACAAAACCGAUGUGAUCCUGAUCCUGGAGCUAGUAUCAGGCGGAGAGCUGUUCGACUUCCUGGCUGAGAAGGAAUCUCUGACGGAGGAGGAAGCCACGCAGUUCCUCAAGCAGAUCUUGGAUGGUGUUCAUUACCUCCAUUCCAAACGCAUUGCUCACUUUGACCUCAAGCCUGAGAAUAUCAUGCUGCUGGAUAAGAAUGUCCCAAACCCCAGGAUCAAGUUGAUUGAUUUUGGGAUUGCUCAUCAGAUUAAGGCAGGAAAUGAGUUUAAGAACAUCUUUGGAACACCAGAGUUUGUAGCACCUGAAAUAGUCAACUACGAACCACUGGGACUAGAGGCGGACAUGUGGAGCAUCGGCGUAAUCACAUACAUUCUGCUGAGUGGUGCCUCUCCAUUUCUGGGUGAGACCAAGCAGGAGACUCUGACAAACAUCUCAGCUGUCAACUAUGACUUUGAUGAGGAGUAUUUCAGCAACACCAGCGAGCUGGCGAAGGACUUCAUACGCCGUCUUUUGGUUAAGGAUCCCAAGAAGAGAAUGACGAUUGAUGACAGCCUGGAGCACCCAUGGAUUAAGGUUAUUAAGAGGCGAAACGUGCGCCAGGAGGAUAGCAACCACAGGCCUGAGCGCCGCCGCCUGAAGACCACUCGCUUGAAGGAGUAUACCAUCAAGUCCCACUCCAGCAUGCCACCCAACAACACUUAUGUCAACUUUGAACGGUUCUCCCAAGUGUUGGAGGAAAUCUCUGCAGCAGAGGAAGGUCUGAAGGAGCUGGAGCGAAACCAGCGCUCCUGCCAGGAGGAUGUGGCAGCGCUUCUCUCCAUAUAUGAGGAGAAGGAAGGCUGGUACAAGGAGGAGAACCAGAGCAUCUCCUGUGACCUGAGCCACAUCCGCCAAGAGCUGCAGCGCACCCAAGCCCAGCGUAAGCAGAGUCAGGAGGAUGCCCGAGCCACCAUGCUGGCUGCCAAUGCAUUGAAACGCAAGUUUGGGCGCUUGGAAAAUCGUUAUGAGGUCCUGGCUGAGCAGGUAGCCUCAGAGGUCCACUGGGUGGAGGAGUUAGUCAAGUCGAUAUCUGCAGAGAAAGACGCUCUUGGCCUUGGCAGCAUCCCCUGAUCCAGGUGUAUGUCCACUAAUAACAUUUUCCUCACCAAGUAUCUUCCUACCCGUUUACUCUGCAUGUGUACUACGCUGUGGAGUUUAGCCGGGUCAGAUGUCAUCAUAAGCUAUGCUGCUGCCCUUUGGGGUUUUUUUUUUUUUCUUUCUUUUUAUCUCAGGCUUGACUGAAAAACUAAGAUAGCCAAGUAAAAAGGCCCUGUAAUGAACUCAUUACUGAUGUUCAUUCCUGCAUUUUCUUUUAAAUUAUUUUAUAGGUUUUACGUACUGUAAUUGUCUUUGAGGGUGGAUAUGUGGAUUACUUGCAAACUACUAGCAGUCUUUGAAAGUGCAAAUAUGAUUAAAUUGAAAAUAUAUUCAUUUAUUUCUUUUCUUGUCUUCGGUUAGUGGCCACUUGGACAAGAACAGUCAAAUGCACAGCUUCUAAAGCCAAUUUAGCAUAAAGGUCAGGUUUAUUUAUUUGUCUGGUUACAUGCAUUUCACUUUUGAUUGCUGGUAGUGACACUAAAAUUCUUUAAUAUGUUAUGCAAACUUGAAGUCUGUCCCAAGGCAAUACACAAAGAUUUAGAAUGUAUAAUCUCAUUGCAGUGCCUGUGAACCGACUGACCAUUUUGCCUGUGCAAGCACUCAUCUGUCAUCAAGUUAGUGACGUUUCUAUCACAUUGAUAAGUUCUCGAUGUCGUAAAUGCUACUAAUUUUGCACAGUAACUUUCUAUACCAAAAUGUGUGCAUGGAAACCUUUUGCUUAUCUGUAAACAAUAAAGUGUUAGUCUUCAUCAGGACAGUUUUUGCACACUAUUGACAUUCCAUCAAGUUUUCCAUCAACAUAUAUUCCACAUGUGUAUCUUAAGUAUAGUCAGUGUUUUGGUUUUUGUUGUUGGUGUUUUUCUCAGUAGAAAAAUGUACUCAUGUGCACUUAAUUAUGAUAGUGCUCCGAACAAUAUUUUAUUCAGUCAUUGAGCUGUAAAAAUUAACUGUGGUCUGAUUUAGAAUAAACAGUUACCGCA